AUGUUCAACCGAAAGAUUUCACUCGUCAUCUUCGUGAUUACAAUUCUGUCCGAUGAUCUUCAAGGUCGUCCAGAAGGUGACUGGUUCGAAAGUGUGAAGACACGUCUAUCUAAUCCUCAUCAGGUAUAUUCCGCAAUGAUUAUCCGGGAUAAUAAUACAGACGAUUUCGAUGUACUGAGGGACGAAUUGUUUGGAAAAAUCAUAGAGUCCAUGCCAAGUGAAAUAUUCUCAAAUCUCGAUGGUGUCCACAAUUCGAACAAUUGGUAUCGCAAUGUUUCUUCGAGAAUGGCCUCCUCCCUGCUCUUUGUAUAUUAUCAUAGAUACUCUGGAGACAAUACUCGAGUUCAUGAAGUGAUUAAUACUAUGCGCGGAUUAUCAAAAUUGUCUGCCAAGUGUUACUUUCUCAUCGUACUAAGAACAUCAUCAGUUUCGAAGGAAGGAGUAGAAGACAUGCUGCGGCAUUCGUGGAACAACACAAUGCUGAAUAUUCUGAUUUGCGAGAUUCGUCGAGAUGAAAAUAGCAGUGUGACUAACUGGAAAGUUCCCAACGAUGAGUCUAAUCGAGUGAUCAUUCACCUGUACAACCCUUUCCUCGACAAAUUUUAUCACAAGAAAUUUUUUCCCAAACUUGAGCUAUUUCCAGAUUUCGCAAGUAAUAUGUAUGGAAAGAAACUGAAUGUUUUGAUUGUCCAGCAGGUGCCACUUACCUUUGUCAAAUGGGACAAAAAUAAUGAAAUGACGGAAAUGUCUGGAGCAAAUAUUGCUCUGAUGCAGACGCUUGCUGGAGCGAUGAAUUUCACGCCCGUCAUUCUGCCAAAGUGGAACGGUACUGGAUUUUCAGUGAAGACCCGCACGUUUGAUGCAUGGAAAUUCUUUAAAACGACAAAUACGGACAUAACUGCUAAUCUAGAACCUCAUUUCACGGAGCAUAUCUCAGAGGAAUCCCUGAGAUUUCGACCUAUCAUGGCUCAAGAGGUAGGUGUGCUAAUGCCAGUGGAAUAUGCAAUCGACAAAAAGUAUCAAGAUAAUGCUGUUGAGAGCAGCAUAAUCACAUUAAUCAUAAUGAUGAUAUUUUGGUUCGUAGGGAUUCUUCUGAGACUUGACAAGAAGAUAUGGAACUUUUCCAUUAUUAUUUGCCUGUUGUUCUCAUUCUCAGUACCUCGACAGCCGUCCAAAGCCUACGAAAGGAUCCUAUUUCUCUCGUUAUCCAUGCUAGGUUUCAUGUACUCGAAUCAGAUUUACGCUUCAUUAACAAACGUCGCUGUUCUCUCUCUUGAAGAAAGAGAGUUUGUGACAUUUGAAGAAAUCGAUGCAUCAGGCUUAAUUCCCAUUGUUCCAAUUGCACACUUCGAAAGAGUGUUCCGGAAUGCAGUUGGAGCUGAGCUGAAUUUAAAAAAGAAAAGCCAAAUAAUUGUUAAUAUUAGAGAUUGUCCGAAAAUGGCAAUGGUGUAUCGCAAUGUUUGCUGCAUCAUGUACAAUACCGAGGGGGAGUAUUACAGACGUCUGAGUCGACAAGAUAAUGGUCAAUAUCGAUUGAAAUUUGCUAAACCAAUUUUGCGGUCUGAUAAUGGAGCCUUUGGAGUUCGCGACACUUCCCCCUACAAGACGAAAAUCAAUUAUUUAAUUCAGAGAUGUUUUGAAGCAGGCCUUAUCAGCAAAUGGUAUCUGGAAGCAAUCAGCCCGUCAAGGAGCGGAAAUAUCUUGAAUGACGACAAACCUAGUCGUGGUGAGAGAUCAGCAACUUUUAGGCGGCAAUUGAUGGUGGUCAUCGUAUUUGGCCAUUCACUUGCUACUCUUGUGUUUUUCGGGGAAUUACUUGUCCAUCGCUUGAGGAUUAGUCACAGUAAUAUCGACAAGAGCAGGCUCAAUCUACGGAAAUUAUGGAAAAUGAAAACAAAGUAA